UGGACCCCUGAUUGCCUCUGCGAGGGUCUUGGAAGUUAGCAAACUGAGGGAGCUGAGAACCCUGCUCCCAGGGAGUUAUGGGACAGGACCCCUGAGAACCGGUGAGGGGCGUUCCAGAGCGUGACUGCUGUUUGGGUGCUGACUGUGGUCAAACUUCUCAGUCCUCUGAGGCUUGGGUCUCUCACCUCCCUCCUCUAGCUAGGCCUUCUGGCCCCCUUGAGCGUCUGUGUUGGCCUCUCCACCUUCCCCGUUCUCCUGCCCUCCCCAUGGCCCAGACAUGAGCAGGAGCGGCCCCCUAGAAGGGGCUGAUGGGGGAGGGGACCCCAGGCCAGGGGAACCCUUUUGUCCUGGAGGGGGUCCAUCCCCUGGGCCUCCAGAGCACCGACCUUGUCCUGGCCCCAGCUUGGCUGAUGACACGGAUGCCAACAGCAAUGGCUCCAGCGGCAAUGAGUCCAAUGGACCCGAGUCCAGGGGUGCAUCUCAGCGGAGUUCGCACAGCUCCUCCUCUGGCAAUGGCAAGGACUCGGCCCUGCUGGAGACCACGGAGAGCAGCAAGAGCACGAACUCUCAGAGCCCAUCCCCACCCAGCAGUUCCAUUGCCUACAGCCUCCUGAGUGCCAGCUCUGAGCCAGACAACCCCUCUACCAGUGGCUGCAGCAGUGAACAGUCAGCUCGGGCAAGGACUCAGAAAGAACUCAUGACGGCACUGCGAGAGCUCAAGCUUCGGCUGCCCCCAGAGCGCAGGGGCAAGGGCCGCUCCGGGACUCUGGCCACAUUGCAGUAUGCGCUGGCUUGUGUCAAGCAGGUGCAAGCCAACCAGGAGUUCUACCAGCAGUGGAGCCUGGAGGAGGGCGAACCGUGUGCCAUGGACAUGUCCACCUAUACUCUGGAGGAGCUGGAGCACGUCACGUCUGAGUAUACACUCCGCAACCAGGACACCUUCUCCGUGGCUGUCUCCUUCCUGACAGGCCGCAUUGUCUACAUUUCCGAGCAGGCCGGUGUCCUGCUGCGCUGCAAGCGGGAUGUGUUCCGGGGCGCCCGCUUCUCGGAGCUCUUGGCUCCCCAGGAUGUGGGCGUCUUCUACGGUUCCACCACCCCAUCCCGCCUGCCCACCUGGGGCCCAGGGGCCUCCUCAGGUUCAGGCCUCAAGGACUUCACCCAGGAGAAGUCUGUCUUCUGUCGUAUCAGAGGGGGUCCUGACCGGGAUCCGGGGCCUCGGUACCAGCCAUUCCGCUUAACCCCAUAUGUGACCAAGAUCCGGGUCUCCGACGGGGCCCCUGCUCAGCCAUGCUGCUUGCUCAUUGCAGAACGCAUUCACUCUGGUUAUGAAGCUCCCCGGAUCCCCCCUGACAAGAGGAUCUUCACCACACGGCACACGCCCAGCUGCCUCUUCCAGGACGUGGAUGAGAGGGCUGCCCCGCUGCUGGGCUACCUCCCCCAGGACCUCCUGGGGGCCCCAGUGCUCCUCUUCCUGCAUCCCGAGGACCGACCCCUCAUGCUGGCCAUUCACAAGAAGAUCCUGCAGCUGGCUGGCCAGCCCUUUGACCACUCCCCUAUUCGCUUCUGUGCCCGUAACGGGGAGUAUGUCACCAUGGACACCAGCUGGGCUGGCUUUGUGCACCCCUGGAGCCGCAAGGUGGCCUUUGUGUUGGGCCGCCACAAAGUACGCACGGCGCCCCUGAAUGAAGAUGUAUUCACUCCCCCGGCCCCCAGCCCCGCUCUGUCCCUGGACUCUGACAUCCAAGAGCUCUCGGAGCAGAUCCACCGGCUGCUGUUACAGCCUGUACACAGCCCCAGCCCCACGGGCUUCUGUGGAGUCGGCCCGGUGCCUUCCUCCGGCCCUCUCCUCAGCCCUGGCUCCUCCAGUGAGAGCAACGGGGGUGAUGCUGAGGGACCUGGGCCUCCUGCCCCGGUGACCUUCCAGCAGAUCUGUAAGGAUGUGCACCUAGUGAAGCAUCAGGGGCAGCAGCUUUUUAUUGAGUCCCGGGCCCGGCCUCUGCCCCGGCCCCGUGUCCCUUCUACUGGCACAUUCAAGGCCAAGACCCUUCCCUGCCAAUCCCCAGACCUGGAGGCGGCCCCAGCUCCAAUCCAGGCCCCAUUGGCCUUGGCCGUUGAGGAGGCUGAGCGGAAAGAAGCCUCCAGUUGCUCCUACCAGCAGAUCAACUGCCUGGACAGCAUCCUCAGGUACCUGGAGAGCUGCAACCUCCCCGGCACCACAAAGCGCAAAUGUGCCUCCUCCUCUUCCUGCACUGCCUCUUCAGCCUCUGAUGACGACAAGCAGCGGACAGGCCCAGUCUCGGUGGGCGCCAAGAAAGAUGCAUCAGCAGUGCUGCCCGGGGAGGGGGCCGCCCCUCUGAAGGAGCCGGUGGCGGGAGGAGGAGCCCUGAGCCCGCUCGCCCUGGCCAAUAAGGCGGAGAGCGUGGUGUCCGUCACCAGUCAGUGUAGCUUCAGCUCCACCAUCGUCCAUGUGGGAGACAAGAAGCCCCCGGAGUCGGACAUCAUCAUGAUGGAGGACGUGCCCAGCCUGCCUCCCGGUCCAGCUCCCAGCCCAGCCCCCAGCCCCACGGUAGCCCCUGAGCCAGCCCCAGACGCCUACCGCCCAGUGGGCCUGACCAAGGCCGUGCUGUCCCUGCACACUCAGAAGGAGGAGCAGGCCUUCCUCAGCCGCUUCCGUGACUUCAGCAGGCUGCGUGGACUAGACAGCUCCUCCACAGCCCCCUCGGCCCCUGGGGAGCGAGGCUGCCACCACAGCCCUGCCACCCCCGGCCGCCGCCACCAUUGCCGAUCCAAAGCCAAGCGCUCACGUCACCACCAGACAGCUCGGGCCGAAGCCCCCGGCUACAUUUCCCAGCCCUCGCCUGUGCCACCCUCUGCCCCCUGGCCCCCACCACCAGCCACUCCUCCCUUCCCAGCUGUGGUCCAGCCAUACCCCCUCCCCGUGUUCCCUGCGAGAGGCGGCCCUCAGCCUCUCCCUCCUGCUCCCACGUCUGUGCCUCCUGCAGCUUUCCCUGCCCCCCUGGUGACCCCCAUGGUGGCCUUGGUGCUCCCUAACUAUCUGUUCCCUACCCCAUCCACCUAUCCCUACGGGGCACCCCAGACGCCUGCCGAGGGGCCUCCGACCCCUGCCUCCCGCUCCCCGUCUCCAUCCCUGCCCCCGCUGCCCCCCAGCCCUCCCCACCACCCCGACUCUCCGCUCUUCAACUCAAGAUGCAGCUCCCCGCUCCAGCUAAACCUGCUGCAGCUUGAGGAGCCCCCUCGCGGUGAGGGGGGUGCAGUGGCAGGGGGCUCUGGGAGCAGUGCUGGGCCCCCUCCCAGCGAGGCUGAACCAGAGGCCAGACUGGCGGAGGUAACUGAGUCCUCCAACCAGGACGCUCUCUCGGGCUCCAGUGACCUGCUGGAGUUGCUGCUACAAGAGGACUCGCGAUCUGGCACGGGCUCUGCUGCCUCAGGCUCCUUGGGCUCCGGCUUGGGCUCUGGUUCAGGCUCCCAUGAGGGGGGCAGCACUUCUGCCAGCAUCACACGCAGCAGUCAGAGCAGCCACACAAGCAAGUACUUUGGCAGCAUCGAUUCUUCAGAGGCUGAGGCUGGGGCUGCCCAGGCCAGAGCUGAGCCUGGGGACCAGGUCAUUAAGUACGUGCUCCAGGAUCCCAUCUGGCUGCUCAUGGCCAAUGCUGACCAGCGUGUCAUGAUGACUUAUCAGGUGCCCUCCAGGCCUGUGUGGACUGCGGUAGCAGCACCCAAGAGCAUGGCCAUCCUGAUGACCCUCUCUUCUCAGAAGUGGAUGGACUGGGGCUGGAGCCCAUGGAGGAGGGCGGAGGCGAGGGUGGUGGCGGUGGUGGUGAGGGUGAGGGCAGCGAUGAGGCCCAGGCCCAAGCUGGGGCCAGGGUCUCGAGCUCUCAGGACCUGGCCAUGGAAGAGGAAGAGCAAGGUGGGAGCUCACCCAGUCCAGCCUUACCUGCCACAGAAAAUGGCACCAGCUAGACUCCAUUUGGGGCCACCUCCAGGUGUGCAUGAGAAACUUCCAUCUCUCAUGCCUCAGAACUCAGAUGUGGCUGGACCAACCAAUAAGAGAACUGCUCCAGCUUCUCCUGCUGUAGGGGGGCGGGGCCCCCAUCACCAGCCCAGAACCCAGGGGCUGCCUCUGGCCUCUUUGGGAACAGAGGGUGGCAUUCUUCAGCCCAGCCCAGCCCAGAGAAGCCUCCCAUCACGUCCCCGGUGAGGAGUCGUUCAGUUUCCUGGACAAGGUUGCUGACAAGCUGCUGAAGUGGUCUCUCCAAGUCCCAGCUGAGCCGGAGUCCCUGUCCCUGGGGAUUGGGGCUGCAUUUAUUUAUUGGGGGAGUCAGCCCUCUCCCCCACCUCCUCCCCAGAUGAGGGCAGGAGGAGGGUGUGAGGCCCAAGCAGGACCCUGCGGUCCAAACCCCUAGCUGCUCCAGGGUGGGGGAGGUUGGUGGACCAUGGAGUCCCUGGUGCUGCCCCUCAGGUGGGACCCAGGUGUUCUCAGCUGUACCCUCUACCGAUGGCAUUUGUGUUUUUGAUAUCGUGUCUGUUAUUUUUAAUACAAAAAGGA